UUUCAAAAUUCGUAGCUAAUUUUAAUAAUAAUUAUAAAACGAUAAAAACGUUAUAAUACAUAACUUGUAUUAACUUACAAAUUAACAAUUUAGAUGAACUAUUUCAGGAAAAAAACAUAUGCAAAAAUAGGGUGGAGCUAACAUUUAACAUCCAUGCACUAUUUAUCAAAACUAGCUGACUGAGCUAAAUGUUCGACAAAAAAAAAAAAAAAAAAAACUAGCUAUAAGCGAUCAGCGUGGGUAAAUAAUUCAAAUGAAGUGGGUGGACUUCACUAUGGUCUAAAUGUAUAUUUUUAGGCUACUCCAAAAUAAUCCAGAAUAUGAAAAAGUGUUAAAACGUCUUACCUCGUUAAAUCUUAAAACCCAUUGCUACUUAGCAUGCAGGCUUUUCGCCUUUCCUUUAAAUAGAAACUAAAUCUUUCAUUCUCAUAAACUAAAUACAACAAACCAAAUCACGAGUUACUUUAUAUUCCGCGUGCUUCCGUGUUGUUUACAAAUGUAAUUGUUGGAAUCUCUAAGAGCUCACCUAAGUGAACCACUCCUACGCAUCCAAGUGCUCCAAAUUGAUAUAUGACAAUAUCUACUUUCGAUCACGUGUUACAGGGCGACUUAGACGGAUUGCGCGUCAUCUCGCCUUCCCAAAUUUUCUCCUUUUGCAGCUCGAAUCCAAAACAUCUAUCUAUAGUAAGCAAAGGAGUACUAGGGGAAAGAUGUUUAACUCGGUAAAUCUGAGCAACUUCUGCUCGCAGACACGUAAAGACCGGACAUCUGAGUUCGGGGACAGGACGGGCUGUGCCUCCAAUAUCUACCUCCCCAGCUGCACUUACUACGUCCCUGAAUUUUCCACGGUUUCUUCGUUUCUUCCGCAGGGGCCUUCGCGGCAAAUUACAUACCCCUACACUGCAAAUUUAUCUCAAGUGCAACCAGUACGUGAUGUUUCCUACGGACUGGAUCCUUCCAGCAAGUGGCACCACAGAACUAACUACGCGACGUGCUACUCCGGAGAGGAUCUGGUGCACAGGGACUGUCUUCCGCCAUCCACCAUGACAGAAAUGCUCAUGAAAAACGAGAGCGUGUACAGCCACCAUCACCAUCACCACCAUCCUAGCUCGAACCACCCGUCUACUGGUUUCUAUUCCAGUGUUGGGAAGAACAACGUGCUGCCUCAAGGUUUUGAUCGUUUUUUCGAAACGGCGUAUUGUAACACCGACAAUCAGUCCGACCAUUGUUUACAAAAGAGCGAGUCGACAAAACUCGAAAGCACGUCCCAGCAGCCCAGCGCAGUGUCCGGGGAGGAAGAGCCAGAAAAGAACGCCGAGGACGAAGAGGAACAAACUAAUUCGGGCUCGUGUAGCUCCUCGGGCACAAAGGACGGCAACGAAAACAAAAUCAACCAUUCGAGUGCCCCCCGCACGAGGAAGAAGAGAUGUCCAUACUCAAAGUUUCAGAUUCGCGAACUGGAACGAGAGUUUUUCUUUAACGUUUACAUCAACAAGGAGAAAAGGCUGCAGCUGUCCAGAAUGCUGAACCUCACUGACAGACAAGUGAAAAUAUGGUUUCAAAAUCGCAGAAUGAAAGAAAAGAAAUUAAGCAGAGACCGCCUGCAGUAUUUCUCUGGGAACCCAUUGUUGUAAACUAAGGACUUGUUUUAGUAGGCCAAGGUUGAUUUUACUUGAUAUUCCGAAAACUUUGGAUGUUCCAUCAUUCUAUGGUCUACUCAUCAUUGAAAUAGACAUUACUAAUUUUUCAUAACAACAGAGAAAAUGUGUUUUGGGACGAUAAAUAUGGAGAUUUUAAUUCAAGCCCGUUCAAUUUUCAUUACACUACACUACACUACACUACACUACACUACACUACACUACACUACACUACACUACACUACACUACACUACACUACACUAUGCUACACUGAACUCUUUCUAGGUAUCUUAUUAACAAUACACAUUUAAUGACUUGCUGUAAAUAUGUACCAAAACAAAGUCGAACUGAAGUCGGAGUCGUCGUACAAAACUAUUGUAUUUUACUUUUCUUUUCUUUUCUUUUCGUUUUUUCUUUUUUUUUUUUUAAAUAUAUAUUUUCGUCAUUAUAAACUGUGACUUGUACAAUUUGUAAAAAUGUAUUCCUUGUACAGAGACUAUGCAAACAUGCAUUUGUGAUUGUAAAUAGAGUUAAUAUGAUGUUCACUUUCCUUAACAUUGCUGCUAUUUUCUUUAUAUUGCUCGAGCAUUACUCGCGCGCUUUAGCCUAUAGGACCCAUGUUCUUUUCUUUAAUUUAUUUGCUUUAUGUUAUGCCCAGUGUUCAUUUGUCGCAAAGAUUACAUUUGGACUGUGUAUUAUUAUAUAUGGUAUAUCGCAUAUGAAAUAAAUAUAUACAUUGGUAAAGGCA